AGAUAAAAAUGAGUCCAGACCCAGAGAUCAAGAACAAGACAUUGAGCCAAAAUGGAAGUGCCUGUUUUGGGAGAUGACGUGAAAGAUAGCGCCAGACCCAGAAUCGUCUAAAACAAAACUACUCUACACUUCACCAGAAUCUUCAUCAGAUGUUGUCAGCCAACAGAGGCAGGAAAAAGAGAGAACAGCAGAAGGAAAAAACCCACCUUUCAUGGCAUCGAUGUGAUUCAUGUGCGUUCUGUAUCGCAUCAACAUAGCUCGAGCUGAAGAAAUCGAGUGGAAACAAAAAGAGGGUGACGAAGCAUGGCAGGAGAUCCGGUGGAGGGAGACACGGAGAUGAGGGAGAGUGAGAGGGAGACGCAAGGGAGAGACUUUGGGUGGGAGUUGCUGGCCACGGCUCGCCAUCUCGUUGAUCAGGGCAAGCCCUCUCAGGCUCUCCAAGCGGUAGUGAUGGCAGCAAGGGCUAAAGGAGGGGACCAGGCCGUGUUCGAAUUCUUGCAGCGUGCCCGUGAGCUAUACAGAAGCAAACUCCAAUCAACUUCUGCGGUUGAACAGCUGGCUUCAUUGUUCGCCGAGUGUGCAAUUGCCGAAGCACAACCUUUGGAGGCCAACCCUCCAUCAGUUCCUGCAAGUGGCCCAUCGAUCGAGCCAGAUGCUCAUGGAAAUUCCAUACUGGCAGAAACUGGAAGGGAUCAGAUUGUACUGGAUGCGUUUGCCGAUGGGAGCAGUUUCAUCUGCUUGCAAUGUGGGGGUCUUGUUAGUAACCAGCGUAGAGAUGAGCACUACGCCUAUUGGUGUGGUUGAUCAGAUGCUUAAGCACAUGCACUGUCUUGGUUGAAGUUGCCUGAGCCUUUAAUGGAUUUGCCCGUUUAACUAUACACUUCUAUCCGCUGCCAGAAAUUUUGAUUGAGUUGCCAGAUGACGGCAACUUAUGAGGAAACCACUUGGUGCCUUGUGUGCGAUUACCCCCGUAAUCUGGAUCAGCUCAAAGCUCACACAACUUGUUCCAAUGAAGUACUAAAGAAAAUUGUGCUCCUGCAUUACAAUAGUAGCAGCUUGUGAAAUAAGGACAUAGGAUUUAGAGGGGACAGUUUUUUCCUCAAUGCAGAGUUUGUUUUUGUCCGGUCUGUUAUACAGCGAGAUCUCUCUUGCAUAGC